AUUCAACAUGGUGCUGCGGCCGGGGGGCGCACGAGCCGACCGGGGGCCGGGCGAGCCGAGGCGAGGGGCCCGGGCGGCCGCAGGCCUGGGAGUUGCGGCGGCGGCGGCGGCGGCGGCGGCGCGGCGGGGCCGGGGCAGGCGGGGCCGCGUGGGGAGGGGGAGGUCUGUGUGGUGGCUUGUGGAGAGCGGGGUGACAGCGUGGAUCCGGGCCGCGGCUCCGCGGGGCCCUCGCACACAUUCACGCGCGGCGGCGGCGGCGGCGGCCCGGGCGUCCCCGGGCACAGGCUCCGGCGGCAGCCGAGCCGCUGCGCGCCGCCCGCCGGCCUGCCUGCCUGCCCGCCAGCCUCCCGUUCUCUGCUGCCGCCGCCACGGCCGGGCCGCCAGCGCCGCACAGCGCCCCCCGAGGGCCGGCCGCGGCACUGCGCCUGGCUCCACACGGUCGCGGCGGCUCCUCGCGGGGAACAAUAGACUCGGCUCGCCCGGCUUAGGGUUCAUCUGCAAUGUGCAGCACAUUUCACACGCACACAAAGCGGGCGGAAAGGGGGGCGGCGCGGGGAAACGGCCACUACCGGUUGUUCCGGGCUUAGGGGUGGAGGCGAUGUUCGCGUCCCCGGCGGCGCCCGCCGGGCCUCCGGCCACACUGAGAAGCAGGCUCGCUCGGCGCAGCCCCGGCGGCCGCGGACGAGUCCGCUCGCCCCCUCUGGAGACGUUGCUAGCGGGAGGCGUUGGCCUCCGGGCUUCAUCGUGCUAGCACGAAGCCCGCCGAGCACAUGGUCCAUGAUGGGGCCGUAAACUCACUUUGACAAACUGUAGGAUCGAAUAGGCUGGAAACUGCCUGCCCUACUUUUGUGGAGCUAGAGUAAGGCUUUUCACUCGUCCUCCCUUUUUUGGUCGGUUUGGUGCACCGAACCCGGAGGUACGCAAACGGUAAUCGCGCCUGUUGGGAAAUAACCUCCCAACUUUGAGAAUAACACUGCUUAGGUCUUUUUUUGCACUAGUAUCUGAAAAAGAGGGCAAAAUGUUUUUCCCUUUCAGUUUAAAAAAAAAGAAAAUGUGUACAUAGGGAAUUCAAAAUUUGUAUCUUUUUUUUUUUUUAGUACCACUUAAAUUUGCAUUUACCCGGGUGUUGGAGCCCUCCCCGGUCUGCAAAUGUGGAGAGCCUCAUGCUUCUCCUUUGGUCUACUAGGAUUCCCAUUUUAGAGACAGCCACCAGUGGCAAAGUCACUAGCCCAAGGUCACAAGCUGUAUUUUCUUUAUCCCUGUUUGCACGGAGCAGCCUGACUCCCUGCAUUUUCCGACCAGGAAUUCUUGCCAGGUCAGUAGGUGUGGGAAGGGCCAGGAUGGCAGACUGGAAGCUACUUGAAGCUGUAUACCCUUAACCGGGUUUGAAAAAAUGGGGAUGACCUUUCUGCGGGGACAGCACACACAUGGAGCAAGACAGCUGCCGGGCAGACACGUGAAGGAAUGUUCAGACACACACAUGCUCCAAAAGAGAUGUUCCUGGGAACAAUGAGAUGCUUGUUUCAACUGAAAUUAACUGAGAGAGGAAAGAGGGUGCCCAGCACCCGCUCCGGGUGUGUUGAAAGAAGCGCUGGUGUGGAGCUGGAGGGCAGGCAAACAGCCUGCUGUGUGAAGCCUUGCAUCCGUCAACAAAUUUAUUCAUUCCCUUUGGCCCAUGCUGUUCCAAGCACCUCACUUGAAGAAGUAGCUGGAGAUGUAAAUAAUUGUGAGCGCUAAAAAGAGGUUUAUAGUCUGUUGUCCUUCACUGUGUUUAAUACGUCAAAUGUCUGACGGUAGUGGCCAAGUGAAUGGCCACUUGCUGCUGCAGUUGUCAUCUGCAGCCAUUGCAACUUAAAAAUCGACAGAGCUUAUAAACUGCAAAUACUGAUAUAACCGUGUUUAGCAACAUAAACAUUUGUAUCAAUUAUGUGGAAAAAUGCAAAAAAAAGGGUUGAAGGUAAUGUGUCAAUAUGUAACAGUUGUGCGUGCUUGGGUUAUAGACAUUUUUCUUUAAAAAAAAACUUUUUCUUAGUAAUCGUUUUAAGUUUUCCAAAUAAAUUAAAAAUAUAUAAAUGAA